AUGCCUUCCACCAUCCAGACCAUUUCUGCCAUCGCGGCCGCCGCUGUGUCGGUCAACGCUGCCAUGGGCCCUGCCUUCUCUACUGGCCCUGUCGCCGACUCCACCUUCAUCCGGGAGUCGACCGCCACGCUUGUCCUGCCCAAGGCUCCCAGCAACAACAAUGGAGACGCCUCCCUCUGGGUUGGUAUGGGCACAUCAAACGGUGACCUGAUCCAGUCCAUCGCAGACAACUACCAAUCCAGCGACUGGUCCAUCUACGCAUACACCCUUGUUUCCCUCGGCGUGGGUAACGGCCAGACUGUUGUCCAGGAUGACACCCCCAGCACUGCCUCGGCCACGGACGAGGUCACCAUGCACUACAAGUACGACGACGCCAGCGGCAACUACACCCAGACCGUCAGCGUCAACGGCGAGGUUGUGUCAACCCUCUCCACCAGCAGCGGCAAGGCCCAGGGCUGGGGCUCCGCCGUCGAGUGCGCCGAGGAGAACUGCGGCACCAUGCCCGCCCACAAGUGGACCGAUGCUAAGAUCAUCCUCGACUCUGCUGAUGCCAGCUACGACAAGACCCUUGGUAUGGGCGAGGGCGUCACCGGUUCCAUGACCACCAGCGACGGUGGCAUCACCUGGGAGAUCGGCACCUUCGAGAUCCCCGAGUUCACCUUCGGCUCUUAA